CAGACGAGGAGCGGAAGCCAGGAGGCUGUGCUGCUUCGGCGAGCGGGCGGCGGCGGCGGCAGCGGCAGCGGCAGCGGCAGCGGCGACGAAGAGUGAGGCGGCAAGGGCGGCGGGAACAGGCGCUGCCGUCGGGGAGCAGCAGCGCGGUCGGCGGCCGCUCGCACCGCUGCAGAGGGGCCGGCCGGGCGCGGAGCGGAGCAGCUGCGCCACGGGUGGCAUUGUGUGUCCCGGAGUGCACGAGCGAGUCCCGGGAGAGCGGCGAGGCUGAGCCCAGAGCGCUGGGUGGCUUCGGCAGGGAAGACUCCCUUCCCCCGGCUUCAGGCUGCUGAGCCCUGAGCAGCGCUCAGAAUGGAAGCCAUCGCCAAAUAUGACUUCAAAGCUACCGCUGACGACGAGCUGAGCUUCAAAAGGGGGGACAUCCUCAAGGUUUUGAAUGAAGAAUGUGAUCAGAACUGGUACAAGGCAGAACUCAAUGGGAAAGAUGGCUUCAUUCCCAAGAAUUACAUAGAAAUGAAACCACAUCCGUGGUUUUUUGGCAAAAUCCCCAGAGCCAAGGCAGAAGAAAUGCUUAGCAAACAGCGGCAUGACGGGGCCUUUCUUAUCCGAGAGAGUGAGAGUGCCCCGGGGGACUUCUCCCUCUCUGUCAAGUUUGGAAAUGAUGUGCAGCACUUCAAGGUGCUCCGAGAUGGAGCUGGAAAGUAUUUCCUCUGGGUGGUGAAAUUCAAUUCUCUGAAUGAGCUGGUAGAUUAUCACAGAUCUACAUCUGUCUCCAGAAACCAGCAGAUAUUCCUCCGGGACAUAGAACAGGUGCCACAGGGGGCUGGCCAUGAGCAGAGACCCAGCGGGUGUUCUCUCCCUGCCCCUCUUCUGCAGCAGCCGACGUACGUCCAGGCCCUCUUUGACUUUGAUCCCCAGGAGGAUGGAGAGCUGGGAUUCCGUCGGGGAGACUUUAUCCACGUCAUGGAUAACUCAGACCCCAACUGGUGGAAAGGGGCCUGCCACGGGCAGACCGGCAUGUUUCCCCGCAAUUACGUCACCCCUGUGAACCGGAACGUCUAAGAAUUAAGAAGAGAUUAUUUAAAGAAAGUGAAAAAUUUAAAACACAUACAAAAGAAUUAAACCCGCGAGCUGCCUUAACAGCAGCCCGUGAGGGAGCUCAGAACACCUGGCUGGGUCACCUGGUGACCCUCUCACUUUGGUUGGAACUCUGGGGGGGGGGGGGCGUUGGAUAUAAAAAUGCCAAAACUUACCUAUAAAUUAAGAAGAGUUUUUAUUACAAAUUUUCACCGCUGCUCCUGUUUCUCCUUUGUCCUCCUUUCCAUCCUUCUCUUCUGUCCAUCAGUGCAUGACGUCUAAUACUACAUAUAGUCCUAGCUGAUGCCGAUAAUAAAAGAAAAGAAACAAGCGGGCUGGUAUUUUCUCUAUGCAAAAUGUCUGUUGUAAUCGGAGUGACUGCAGGAAGGACAGCCAUGGCCGUGUUCCUCAGGCGCACACACAGGAGGGGGCGGGCGGCCGGCAGCCCUUGCUGGGCAGCCUCUGCCAAAUGGGGGCAGCCCCCGGCCGCCAGCGUCUUGUGACAAAGUUGAAAACGGAGUGGGGGCAAAAGGAAGGACUGUUAACCCUCAUGGCUUCCUGAGAAAAGUCAAGCUAAAAACCUUUGUCUCUUUUCUACAUUGUUUUCCCUUCCAAAUGGUAUUAUUGAGCAUGUUGAUUUUUCAUAGUGCCUUUUUCCUUAUUUCAAGAGUUGCUUAUGAGUGGUGUUUUUUUAUUUGUUUUAAAAUAAGUUAAAGACAGUCCAGAGCUUUUUUAGCCAAUUUGUCGCCUACUCUGUAAAUAGUCCUCCCCCGGGGGGAGGGGAGAGCGGGGUAGAGCCGCGGAGAAAGCUCAGGUGGAGGGUGUGGCCAUUCUGCCUGUUCUCAGCCACGAGUCUUUAAGGUUCAGCUUUAAUAUUUGUCAGCCCUCUGGAGUCUGCCGUGGCCUGCCGCAGGGGAGCAGUGCCGCCAGCUGCUGGGGAAGGAGGAGACGGUCCAGCUCUUCCCACCUCGGACUGGAUCUGGCUGGGGGUAGGGGGUCAGAGUCUCCUUGACCUUGCGAUCCCGGCUGCUGUCCGCCCCUCCUCAGCUCCAGAGCCCCCCAGAGAAAACUCCCUGGAGCCAGCAAGUUUCAAACACAGGAAAGCCCAAGGAACUUCAGCCGUCACUCUGUGACUGUACCGGGUUGUACACUGUGUUCCCACACCGGGGUGGAAAAUGGGAGCUUGCGUUUUUCUUGCUCUGAAAAUCAGAGGUAUCUGUUCAUGGCUUUCAUCUGCUGUGUCCCCUGCCUGACCUGCCAGGUGAGCACUAGGCAGCGUUCAAGAAGCAGCUGGGUUUUUAUGUCUCCGUUCCCAGUGGGCCGUGUCUGUAGCCGCUCUGCCCUGCCCCCGAAGGAAAUGUCUCGGUGAAGCAGGGACAGUUGGGGAAGGAUGAGUGGGAAAUGUAGGAAGGCCGAGGCCAUUGCAGAGCUCUCUCUGUCCGGCUUGUCAGCUGCUUGUCCCUCAUAGUGAUGUGCCUGUGAACUUUCUCCACCCGAUCCCCUUGCCUGCAACAAACACAGGGCUGCCUGGGAGUCGGUGACGGCCUUUGGGUUCUGAGGUGGUCGGUUGGAGUCUCCCCUGGACUCUGGUUAUGGAGCCAGACUCAGCCUGGAGUACUUAGAGGCCCUGGAGGCAGCUGCUCUUCUGGACAGAGCACCCGCCCCCUCGCUCCCUUUCUGGUAGCUUCUUUCCUCGUUGAUGGUAAAAGGUAUCUCCGGCAUUCUACACCUGGACCAUUUGAUUGUUUUAUUUUGGAAUUGGUGUAUAUCAUGAAGCCUUGCUAAACUAAGUUUUGUGUGUAUAUAUUUAAAAAAAAAAAUCAGUGUUUAAAUAAAAAGACCUAUGUACUUAAUCCUUUAACUCUGCGGAUAGCAUUUGGUAGGUAGUGAUUAACUGUGAAUAAUAAACAUACAAUGAAUUCUUCA